ACCUUAUCUCCUCCCGAGUGUAGCCUGUGGGUCUAUCUCCUGGCCUUCCCCCUCGCUGGCUCCGCUCUCUCGAUGACGCCGCCGCCGCUGCUCCUCCCAUGGCGACCUCCUCUGGUCUCUCUCCCUGCUUUCGUCUAUCCUCUCCUCUCCCCGCUGUCCAUGGCUGCAGCAGCGUCCUCCUCUGCCUCGCCGCUCCUCCUCCCCUCAGGGCCGAGGCAUGCGUCGGCCUUGGCGACGACGUGGCUUCGGCGGCGGCGGCGCGUUCAGGAGCAGGGCGCUGAUCUCAGAGGCGGCGUGCUGCUGCAAGGCCGCCGCUGUCGGUAGAAGCGCGGUGCAAUGCGGGGUGGCUGACGAGUUCUUGAUCGGUGGUGGCAGCAAUACCCAGACUGGGCUGGUAGGAGUGGCCCUGGGAGCCUCUGCCUUGGGGCUGGGCCGCUGGCAGCGUUUGACGUCGUCGCCACCGGGUUGCCGCCGGAGAAAAAGCCCAAGCUCUGCGACGCCGCCUACGAAACCGAGCUCCAAAAUGUAGGUUGACUGGUUGUGUUAUAGCGUGUGUAAAUUCUUGGAUUUGAGUUGACCGGUUAGAAAACAAAAUAGCAUUAAUAAGGUGCUGGUUUCAGAAAAUUGGAUUGGAUUGGAUACCUGCAUUCUUGGAUUAGUUAGUAAUUCCUUUCAUUUCAUGCACUUUGAACGCUAAAUCUGAAUCUGAAUUACCUAUGUUAUCUAGGUGCCUAUGGUAACUACAGAAUACUUAUUAGUAAUAUCCUAUCGUUUGGAUAACAAAUCUCUCAAUAAGAUUAACUGUUCCAUGGUACUUGUAUUUUUUUGAGUGUUCUAACAUCGAAUGAACUUUCAAGGACAAGCAUGAGGAGAACCGCCAACCAAAUUGCAUGGAGGACUUGUAAUCAAGCAUAACACUAAGCAACGAUAUGCUACAAAUGCUGUGACAACAUUUAUUUUCCGAGAAAUUGCUGAGAGACACCAAUUACUCUGCUGUUUUUACUAGCCAUAUACUCACAGAUUGUUUCACUUCGUGCCAUGUAGGUCGCUGCAAAUUAUGUUGCUAUGGUGCCAAAUGGGCAGAUUUUUGACAGUUCACUCGAGAAAGGUCAGCCCUACAUAUUCCGUGUUGGAUCAGGACAGGUAGUACUGGAUGUAUAUCCAUGUCGUAGAGGUCUAACAACGAACCAGCGCCUAUCAUCAGGAUUUGAUUGCUGGAGAUCUGUUGUGAAGUUCUCAUUUCUUUGCACCUCUGAACACAGCCAAAGAUCUGUUGUUGCUAGAGCUGAGCCAGAUGUAGGACGAGGACACCAUUGAUCUUCUACAAGCCUGAGCUUGUAAGACAAGGAUCUUAUUUCUUGCUCUUCGCUGAUGGAUUUUGAUUGCAGUUCUAGCUAGCUAGUAUAUUAGAUUUCUUCAUAGAUUUUUAGAUCUAUAGAAAGAGUGGAACUUGUGGAUUUGACAAACUUGUGGAACUUGUUAUGAUAGAACUUUUGAAUUUGUAAAUUUGAUGAUGGAACUUGAAUUUGAUGUUUGUGAUGUUUUGUGGUCAGAUUUAAUAUUAUAUAUAUGCUAUGUUGUGGUUA